AUGGCGGCGGCGGUGCGUCAGGCGCGGGCGAGCGGGGAGCGGACGCACGUGCACAUUGCCGUAACCAAUGGCCCUCCCCUCGCCUCGGACCCUGGCCUGGCGGCCCCGCUACGCGCGCCGACCCUGCGCGACUAUCAGCCCGCGCGGGAGGCGAGGGCCCCGUUCCGCACCGCUCGGCAGGCCCCGGGCUUCCACACUCAGCAGAUCUCAUUUGGCCGAGGCCUGGGCCGGCCGGCGGCGUUUCCGCGCGAAGAUCCGAUUGCACCUCCUCCCACUCGCGCGGGGAGAGACCCCAUGCUGACCAUGUGCCGGAUGCUGAAUCUGGCGGAGGCGUGCGAGGGGGUGGCGAGCUUGCAGAUGGCGGUGUGUGGGGCCAUGCGAAACUCUCCGGGCAGUUACGCUCCAGGAUCCCGAGGAUCCUGCGCGUCUUGGGCAGAAUCCCUCGUCCAGCCUUUGGAGCCCGUGUCGGAAGCGCCCGCGGGGGUAGCGCCCUUAGCGCGUACCUUCCCCCGCCACGUGGCGGAUCUUGUUGCGGCUGCGAGUUUUGGGACGCCGGUGGAGACCCUUCACUCGUCGGCGCAGCUCCUCCUCGCGGUAUCGGCGUGCAUGCGCUCGAUGCUAGAGAUGGAGGGGGCGGAGCCGUACACGAUCCUCUUGACGUCGCUCUCUUUCGACUCCCCAUGGGAUCGUUGCAUGAUCAACAGGCAUGACAACAACCACACCUCCGUCCCUCCAUUCGACGCCUUCCCCGCUCUCCACUCCCUCUCCCUCCUCCUCCCUGUCCCUCCUCUCGACGCCCUUCCCCGCUGCUCCUCCCUCACCUCCCUCACUCUCUGGAAACCCCACCCCUCCACCAUCUCCUCUCUCGCCUCCCCCUCCUCGUCUGUCCGCACCUCCCUCAAAACCGUCAACCUCGAAUCAGCCCAACUAACAGCCUGCCUUGCACCCCUCGCCUCCUUCCCCUCCCUCUCUUUCCUGGAUCUCCGCUCCUGCAGCAUCGACCCCUGUGAGAUGCACACACUCUCUCGCUCCAUCCACACACUCUCCGAACUCGGCAUAAUGAACAGCCCAUUAAUCUCCAGUCACUCCCUCGCCGCCCUCGCUCACUCCAACCCGGCUCUCUCCUCCCUCUCCCUGCACACCACCACGUACCAUCUCUUCAGCGCACAAGGCCUCUGGUCUCUGUUUCACGCCCCUCCCCCACACCUUCACACGCUUUCCUUCUCUGGGUUGGCCUCCUUCCGCCCUGGCAUGCUUGCUCGCUGCAGUGGCCUUCACUCUUUGAUGAUAACAGGCAGGUGGGAGAUAGCGUCGGGUCUCAGCGUUAGGGACUCAGUUGUCUAUAGAGAGUUUGGUGAGUAUGCUGGUGGUGGUGGUGCGGAGGGGAGGAGGAGAAGGGGGAGUGGGAGUGGAAUGUGCAGAGGAGGGUGGAGAGGGUGGGGAGGAGGGUGA